CGCUGCUUCUAACCAUCAUCCACCCCCUCCUCCUCCUCUCCUCUCUCCACUUCUGUCUCAGCUCUGCGAAGAAGAAAACGAGGAAACCAAGGAUUGAUGUGUUGCUCGACUUGAAAUUUGAUAUAUAUUUUUUUGCGCACAUGUACAGUAAUCCCCCCACGCCUGACAGCCUUUUGAUGAUUUCUGAUGAUUUUUUAUGUGAUGACUGUAAACGGCUGUGUGUGUAUGUGCGCUCGUUGUACACCGCUUGGCCGUGAUAUAACCGUCUAGGAUCGUUUGGAUGCUGGAGGAAGAGGCUCUGUCGCUCCGGGAAGCUUCGUCCAUCCCUCCGUGUCCUCCUCAUUCCUGCGACCGGCUGCAUGACCGGUGAUGCUCGGCCUCUCCGCCUGGAUGCGCCCCUCUCUCCGCGGUGUGCCGUCGGUACCGCUGCCUGUGUCCCCCUAUAGCAGAUUCCAACUGUCGCCGGAGAAAGGUCUAGGGACCACAUAUGGAAACUGGGGAUCAGAAUUUUAGGAAAAAGGAAAACUAAGCAGGCUGUCGUUUGAUUUGAUUAACUUAAUAUUUUUUUCUUCCUCUUUUUGGCUUGAUUUUUUUAUUAUUUGGAGGGAGGGGUUAAUCGUCCCUGGUUGGUUUAUUUUCCUUUAUCUCUUAAGGAAUGGCUGGUUUUCAUGGCAGUCAUGGUACCGGCUGAUUAUUUGCCAUUAUUUAUUAUUCUGUCCUUGGUUUUGGGGGAGCGCUUGAUUCUGCUGGUUUGAAUUUGUUCUUUCAUUUCUUUCAGCACAUCCAGUCCUUAUUUUGUGAACACAUUCUGGGCCCUGCCUGUCUGUCUUGCCUGUCUCCCGUCACCUUCUUCCCACAUAAUACAUGUGAUAGCCUGAUUCUUUAGAAAUGCCUGAGAUGAGCUUCCAAAAUUCACUGAUCCCCUGGGUAACAUCAAGUCAGAUCUCAUCCUGAAUUGUGUCAUCAUCUGUUGGAGGUCUCUGCUUUUGACUUUUUUUGGGGCCAUUUUAAAGAUAUCAGACCGCCAAGUGUGUUAGUCUUAACCACCCUCCACCCCCACACCCCCAUGUUUCUUCAUCCCUUUUCAGAAUGAAUUAAUUCACACUGCAUGCAUGCGCGUGUUCGUCCGUGUACAGGUGUGUGCGAGUAAAAGUUUAGCUCUGUGAGCGUGUGUGUGUGUGUGUGUGUGUGUGUGUGUGUGCAUCUGUGUUUUUGUGUGAGCCGGAGAAUAACAGUGUAGGCUGAAGGUGACAGCCUAUGUGCGAAAAAUCAAGCGCUACAUGCACAUCAUUCCAUACAUCACCGUUUAAGCUGUGAGGAUUGUAAUACAUGCAACCUCUUUAGUCAGCUCAGAAAUCCUGAGACGACAACAGAGAAACAGAGCAAAAUCCUCCAUCUUCUCAUUACCUUGGCCUUUUUUUGAGAGUUUGACGUUUAGAGGCCUUCUAACUCAACAAAGGAGGACCUAGAUUGCAGACCAGGUCUCUUGUGGGAUCUGCUAGAAGCCUGUGUUUUUUAGGUCAACAUUUUGUUUUCCAGAGCAGGGCAACUUACUGCCACUUAAGGAGUAGAACUUAGACACCGUUGUAGCUGAAGGUUCUACCAUCCUAACCAAAGUCUGUUUUUGCCCGUCUGUUGGCCAAACAGACAACCCCCAAAACCUUCACCCUCAUCUUCAUUUUUUUCACUUAUUUGCUGUUCCACCCCAAAACCAACCAUACGAUUUCCCCCGAGCUCCCCUAAUUCCCCCGCCCCCCCAGCCGCCCCCCGCUACCGUCGUCCUCCCGACACAACCCACCCCCCGUUUUCCGAGCUGGCGUGGCGACGCAAACUCACAAAUAUUUACUUCCUGUACAUCAAGAGGAAAGGGGGCCCCCCUUUCGUGGAAUGCGGCAACAUGGGUGUGUUUGACCGCGGAGUUCAGAUGCUGCUGACCACGGUGGGGGCCUUUGCCGCCUUCAGCCUUAUGACCAUCGCCGUGGGGACAGACUACUGGCUGUACUCGCGCGGUGUCUGCAAGAUCAAGAGCACCAACGAGAAUGAGACCAGCAAGAAGAACGAGGAGGUGAUGACGCACUCGGGCCUCUGGAGGACCUGCUGCCUGGAAGGUUCUUUUAAAGGCAUGUGUAAGCAGAUAGAUCACUUCCCGGAGGAUGCUGAUUAUGAGGCAGAUGCUUCCGAGUACUUCCUACGCGCUGUACGAGCCUCCAGUAUCUUCCCCAUCCUGAGUGUGAUCCUGCUCUUCAUGGGGGGGCUGUGCAUCGCCGCCAGCGAGUUCUACAAGUCACGCCACAACAUCAUCCUCAGCGCCGGCAUCCUCUUCGUCUCCGCAGGCCUGAGCAACAUCAUAGGAAUCAUUGUGUACAUAUCAGCCAACGCUGGGGACCCUUCCAAGAGUGACUCCAAGAAGAACAGCUACUCCUACGGCUGGUCCUUCUACUUCGGCGCCCUCUCCUUCAUCAUGGCCGAAAUGGUGGGCGUGCUGGCCGUGCACAUGUUCAUCGACCGCCAUCGGGAGUUGCGCGUGGGGGCGCGAGCCGCCGACUACCUCCAAGGUGCUGCCAUCACGCGCAUCCCCAGCUACCGCUACCGCUAUCGACGCCGCUCACGCUCUUCGUCCCGGUCCACGGAUCCCUCGCACUCCCGCGAGGCAUCGCCGGUGGGCCUGAAGGCCUUCGGGACGCUGCCCUCCACCGAGCUGUCCAUGUACACGCUGCCCAAGGGCCAAACGGGCACCCCGACAGCCACCUACAACUCCACGGAGAGGGACCACAACUUCCUGCAGGUCCACAACUGUAUCCAGAAGGACCUGAAAGACUCAGGCGGCACCGCCAACCGACGCACCACACCUGUAUGAAACUGAUGCGAGGGACCUCAGACAAUAAAAAAAGAAAAAAUCAGAGGGAAUUUUUGGGGGGAGGCGGCAAAAGACGGAUAAUGGUGUAAAGGAGACGGAAGGGGAGAAGGGGGCUUUAAUGGAUACAUGGAGUGAGGGGUAAUAGCGACAUAGGGGAAGUUCUGAGUGCUCCACAACACCUCAGAUGAUCACUGAGUUUCUGUUUUAAAAAAAGGAAACGGAAAAAAAAUGCGUAAAAAAAGAAACAUGCAUGAUUUUCCCAUCUACCAUUGUUUAACAAUGUUUUGAACAUGUUUGUAAAGAUAUGAGGGGGAGGAUGGAGAAAGAGGAGUUUGGGAGGGGGGGGUGGCAUGGGGGGGGGGGGGGGCUGGUUGUUCGUCUCGGGGCUGUGGAACCGUGAAGUGGUGGGCUGGGCCAGACUGCCCGUUUAAAGGUGAACUUUAUAUUCUUUACUCUUCCUCAGUCUGAUGAAAAGGGGGCGUUAGUUGACCCCUCGGCCCCGCCUAUGAUCCCGCCCUCGCACGACCAUCCCACAAGCCUUCCCACCCCCACCCCCCGCCCCACCCCCCCAACACAACACACCUUAACCUCCCUUAAACCCCACUCCUUUCUUUAUUUGCUGUAUCUUCUUGAUUUCAUUCUUUAUUCGCAUUAAUACUGUGAACCAUUGCGGUGUGGGAUUUUAGCAGGGAGCAAAUUCAGGCCGCAAAAAAAGAAACAUAAAAAAAAAAAACAACACAUAAGUUAAUAUAUGUAUUGAUUAUAUAUAAAUAAAAGAAUAUAUAUAUGUUAAUAAAUCAUGACUACACUUCCCUGGCGCAAAAAUAUCAACAAGAAAAAAAAAAGAAAAAGGAAAACAAAGUAACUUAACAAGUGAAAUUAAAUCAAGUCGUCAUGGAAACUAAACCAAGACCGAGGAUUCUUCGUGACUGGAUCAUUUGACGGGCAAAGGCUUCCGCCUACUUGAUAAACUUCUAUUGGUUAGUAUAAGACACAUUAUCACAUUCUUUUACAACAACAAAAAAAACAAAUCUUUUGGCCUUCCGCCGAAACCCUGGCAGCCAUCCUUGUUCGGGGUCAACUAGAAUUGAAAAGGUUGACCUCACUUUUUUUUUUUUUGCUCCAUAAAGGGGCGGAGUGAAGCGAGAACUCUGGGUAAUGGAGGAUCUCUCAGCAAACUUGAAGAAGACUGUGGACAAUGAGACGUCACUACUGCCAAAGACACAAAGUAGUGCGUGAGACAACAUGGCUACCAGCGAGGUGAAGCUAAGUGACUCCAAAAAAUUAAGAAUUUACAUGCAUGCUAAUCAAAAUCAUCCAAUCUGCUUUUAAGGAACCUACGUUUUGAACUGAACUGAACAAUGAUACCAUGUAAGGGCAGUGGGGGUGACAAAGUAGAAAAUAAUGUUACAGUACUGUGUCUAUUUAAAUUUUUCUUUUCUUUUUUUUUUUUUUUGAGUGGGUAAUUUGGGGUGGGGCUUCAUUAUGCUUAAAACAAAAAACUUUGGAGAACGUAUCAAGGCUUUUUUUUUUUAACAGAAGAAAAUCUUAUCUUGACUUUUCAUUUCAUUUUUAUUUUCUCGGUUCAUUUGAACUCUCACACAGCCUUAGCCUCUUUCUUUGUCUCAUUUUUCUUGUUCGUUGGUUUUUGCGUUGUGUUGUUGUAAAUGAGAAUUUAAAAAAGAAAACGCGUAAUAUCUUUCAAGGUGCCAAAACUGAAUGAUUCUGAACUUGGAUGCAUCAAGUCCUGAUGACGAAUAAAAAUUGAACCCCCCCAUAGGGAACAGAA